ACACAGUAUGGGAGUCUGACCCUUGUACAUUAUGUUCCUGUUUGGGUGAGAUCAUCUCAUGUACACCAAAGCAAUGUCGCAAUCCAGAAUGUGAUUUUUCAAGGGGAGAGAUUUUAAGAAUAUCAGCUAAUAAAUGCUGUCCAGAGUGUGCGUCUGGUGCAGGAUCCUGUGAAUAUAAAGGAGAAAUAGUUGGGCAUAAUUCACAAUGGAGCCCUUCGCCAUGUUCUACGUGUUUCUGUAUAAGUGGUCAGGUGACAUGUCGGAACCAAACCUGUCCUAACUCACAAUGUUCAGCGGGUGAAGUGUUAUACCAGUCAGAUGGGGAAUGCUGUCCAAGCUGUAUUAGAUCAGGAAGAUCGUGUAUUGAUAGAGGGGUCAGCUAUCAUGAUGGGGAGCAGUGGUCACCAGUCAAAUGUGCUAAGUGUGUAUGUAACAAUGGCCAGUCACAAUGUUAUGUUGCAGAUUGCCCAACAUUAACUUGUUCUCAGGAUGAAGAAGCAGUAGUAUCGGAAGGCAAAUGCUGUCCAGAAUGCGUGGGGCGAUCAUGUAUAGUAGAUGGCGCUGUUUACCAGGAUGGUCAAACGUGGAAGAGUGGGGUCUGUACACAUUGCCUGUGUAAAAGCGGUUCUGUCAGCUGUGUUGAUGAGACCUGUGUGGACAACCUCCCGUGUGCACCUGGAGAGAAAAGGAUACGUAGAGAUGACCAGUGCUGUUCAGAAUGUGUAUCAAGUGCAGCUACCUGUGAUGUUGACGGUGUUCGGUGGUAUACAGGUGACAUGUGGAAUGUGACUGACUGUGAAUUCUGUUUCUGUCAAGAAGGUCUGAUAGCAUGCUAUCCUGCCGAAUGUUCCAGGACAGAAUGUAGAGAGGGUGAGACAUUAGUUCACAAGCAUGGCCGAUGUUGUCCAGAGUGCCAUAUAUCUCAGGGAUAUUGCAUACAUAACAGAAUAACCUAUGCCGCGGAUGAGAGCUGGCAGCCAGAUCCUUGUAGGACCUGUAACUGUAUGGAUGGUAUAGCUAACUGUUUUAGGGUUGACUGCCCUCCUUGUCCUGUUGGUACAGUGCCUCAGAGUAGUCCACAAUCUUGCUGCCCCCAAUGUGUUGUCGUGCAAUGUCCUGUAGAAUGUAUAUCAUGUGAUUCCACUGGCUGUACAUCAUGUCGUCAAGGAAGAUUGUUACAAGAUGGUCAGUGUGUAUCGGCUUGUAGACCAAGCUACUUCAAGGCAUCUGAGACGGUUUGCCAAGCCUGCCAUGAGAGUUGUUCUAUGUGUUCUGGUGGAACGGAAUACCACUGCACGGCAUGCAGGGAAGGCGACCUGCUCAAAUGGGGGCGCUGUGUUCCUGACUGCGGACCUGGUUUCUUCCAGUUUGAUACCACUUGUCAAGAAUGCAAUGCAAGUUGUGCUGCAUGUACAGGACCUAAGGCAUCAGACUGCAUAACAUGUUCAAACUCCAGUCAUAUGAUACAAGACAAUCGAUGUGUGCCUGAGUGUGGUCGACGAUUCUAUCAAAGAGAAAAUCAUUGCUAUCCAUGCGACCCGUCAUGUCAGUUGUGCUUUCUAGACAGUCCGUGGUGUGUGACCUGCCCUAGGAAUCACUUCCUGCAAGAUGGCGUCUGUGUCGAUGAAUGCAGCCUGGGAUACUAUCAAUCAAGCAACGGACAUUGUGAAGCUUGUUCAUUGGCCUGUCUUGCCUGCAACGGUCCAGGGAUUGACCAAUGCACCCAAUGUCCUGGUCAGUCUGUCCUCAUGAAUGGCUACUGCCUCACCAACUGCACUGCUGGAACAUUUAACCAGGCUGGACAGUGUUUAAGCUGUGACCCCUCCUGUCAUCAAUGUGAAGGUCCAAGCUCAACAGAUUGUACAUCAUGUAGAGCAGCCACAGAGAUGGUUCAGAGCAGACCACCUUUCAGGGGGCAGGUUCAAGGGGCGUGUUCACCCACCUGUAUUGAGGGAUACUUCCCCAGUGCAAAUGGCAUCUGUUUGCCAUGUAAUCCAUCGUGUCUGACUUGUUCCGAUUCACCCAUCGAUGCUUGCCUGUCAUGUCGCCCUCCUCUGAUUCUAAACCAUGGAUACUGUGUCAGAAGCUGCAAUGAGAGACAAGUUGAUGUUGAUGGGAUAUGUGUUGAAUGUCAUCCAAGCUGUGCAACUUGCAGUGGACCUGACUCUAAUCAGUGUACCACCUGUAAUGGUCCUGAUACCUUACAGGGUGGUAUCUGUACUCCUGGCUGUAGCUCUUCUCAGUAUCCAGGCUCUCUUGGAAUCUGUCAGGAGUGCAAUGCUGAGUGUGGUACAUGUUUUGCCAAUCCUGAGGGCCAAGGUAGUAGAUGCCUUCAGUGUUCAGGAGGGAGUAGUAGCAGUCAGUAUCCUCUAGGUGAUACCUGUGUCUCAGAUUGUGGUACUGGAUUCUUUCUUGAUCCCUCUGGAAUGUGCAAAGAAUGCCAUACAUCAUGUAGGACAUGUACAUCAGGAGGUGUCUUUGACUGUUCCUCAUGUCAUGCUGGUCAUGUAUUAACACACACUAGUAUGUGUUCAUUGGAAUGUCAUGGAGGAUACUACAAUGACGGUGGUAUAUGCAAAGCUUGUCAUAUAGACUGCCUAGAGUGCGUGAAUGCCUUUGAGUGUCUUGUAUGUCGGGAUCCUACAGAUGUCCUUCAGUUUGGUGAAUGCUCCUCGGUCUGCGCUGAACAGUACUACCUAGAUCCUGUCACAAGGUUGUGUAGAGAAUGUGAUUGGAGCUGUAACUCCUGCAAUGGUCCAGGACCUAACGAUUGUACCCAGUGUAUGGAUGGUCUAAAGCUCAGGGAUGGAUCCUGCGUUACAUCAUGCGGAGACAGCUACUAUGAAACAAGGAGAGAAUGCAGAGAAUGUGGUGAUGAGUGUCUGACUUGUAGGGGAUCCGGUGUAUGUACAUCCUGCCAGCCACCACGCCUUCUCCUAGAUACUCAGUGUGUGAUGCAAUGUCCUGUAGGAUACUUCAGCGACUAUGGCACGCAUACAUGUAUAGAGUGUUCUGCUGGCUGUGUAGCCUGUGUGACUCCCAUAGAAUGUAUGACCUGUAUGCUUGGUACUUUUCUUCUGAGGAGCCAAUGCGUGGAGGAUUGUGGGGAUGGUUACUAUGCCAACCCUCUUAAUAACGUCUGUGAAGCUAACCUAUACCCACCAUCAUUAUACGUGAACGGUUCUAUCACGACUGGCAUCGGCGGUAUACAAGUAUUAGAUACUUCAUUCUUCACUGCCUUUGAUCCUGACACAAGCAACAGCAAUCUCCUCUUCAUUCUUGUCAGCCCACCAACAAACGGUGAACUCGUUAAGAUUGAUCGUGGGAACAGCGUCAUCAUGGAAGCACGCGAUACCUUUACAUACCCAGAGCUCGUGGCUGGUGAAGUGAGGUAUACGCAUAAUGCGAAGCAAAUGCUCCAUGGGUAUGUCACCAUGAAAGUCAGCGAUCGCAUGUUUUAUUCAGAACCCGAGGACGUGGGCAUCAUCAUUGUUUCGCCUCACGCUCCGUACGUCACCCGGAACGAACCCCUCGUUGUCAUCGAAGGCGAAAUCGGGCAGCUAUCAUCUGGUCAGAACCUCCAGAUCCACGAUGACGACAAUGCUGACAUGGUGGUCAUUUCGGUUAUCGAUGGCCCAAAGCAUGGCAAGCUUAUCCGCCUUCCAGAUAGAUCAAGACUUCGCCAGUUUAGUCUGGAUGAUUUGAGGUCGGGAUAUAUCAACUAUGUCCACGAUGGGAGUGAGACAGAAUAUGAUGUCAUCGUCUUACAAGUUUCAGACGGUCAUAACAUCCUAAAUGUUCUCUUCAAUAUUCAUAUUAUCCCCAGGGAUGACCGUGGUCCCAUAUUAGUGAACAAUAUUCAGGGUUCAGUGAGAGAGGGCGGUCUUCUACUCAUUACAAGUGAUCACCUACGAGCCCAAGAUGUUGAUUCUCCCAAUUCUGAACUCAUAUACACACUGACCCCUCCUACAGACAACCCUAGGCAUGGUGACAUUGUGAUGAUCGUUCCUGUUACACAGGGUGGGGUAGCGGAUGGAUGGACAGAUCUUGGCAAUGGGAUCAUGGAGAAACCUCUCAUAACCUUCCUCCAGAGGGAUAUCGAUCAAGGUUAUAUCUACUAUAAGAACUCUGGUGCCGAAGCUUUCUCGGACUUCUUCAUGUUUGAGGUAUCUGAUUCAGCCGAGCCUCCUAACAUGUUGAGGGGUCAGGUAUUCAACAUUGAGAUCAUGCCUAGUAAUGAUCAGCCACCAAGACUGGUUCCUCAGGUUACCCCUCCUCUUGGCAUGCCUGUGCUCGAAGAUCAGCUGACGCCAUUUUCCAGGCAGUACCUUGCCUUCACCGACCCUGACAGCCCUGAUCGCAACAUCCUCUACAACAUCACCACACCCCUCGGCCAACGGGAUGGGACUAUUGUCAACCUUGAUGCUCCAUUCCUACCCAUAACAGUCUUCACCCAGGCUGAUGUGAAUGCUGGUAGGAUUCUCUACCGUCCGUCCGUUCUGGAGGUCGGCCAUGUCUCCAGGAAUGUGACUUUCCAGUUCUCAGUUUCUGAUGGGUUAGAUGCAUCAGCUAACACAAUAGGACCCCUACCAUUCACCAUCAGUCUCCUUCCAAGGGACAAUGCUCCACCGGUCUUCAGAGAUGCCAACCCUCUCUUCCGGGUGAACCGAGGAGGGAUUGUCUCUGUGAGGGAAUACCUUGCAGAUAUCGCUGAUCUUGACACCCUGCUGGAGCAGUUGGUCUACCGGGUGGCUCUUGCUCCAAGACAUGGUACACUCUUCCAGAGUGGUUUCAGUUCUCUCAACCUUCAGACAGGCAACACCUUCACCUACAACCAGCUUGUCCAAGACACCUUACACUAUGUCCACGAUGACUCCGCCACUGACCAAGAUAGCUUUGAGAUCACAGUUACCGAUGGUAGCCAUACCGCCAUGCUCACCGGUACCAUCCUCAUCACUUUCACCGAUACCACCAAUCCAUUCGUCAGCCGGACCGCAUCCCUCUCGCUUUACCUGCCGGAGAACAGCGAGGUCACGGUCACCCAUGACAAUCUGGCCUUUGAAGAUGAUGAUACUCCAGCCGAUGGCAUUACCAUCGAGCUGAGGACACAACCCCAACAUGGACGACUCCAGAGAAGAGUUGUCGGAGAUGUUUAUGAGGAUCUUGGUGUUGGGUCGACCUUCACGCAGACUGAUAUCAAUUCCUACUCAAUAAGGUAUGUCUCCGAGGGUGAGAUAGGGAGCCAGCCAAUCAGUGAGGUCAUUAUGAUCAACGUUAGUGACAGCAGUGGGAACAGUCUUCAAGGUCAAACCUUUACAGUGACUAUCACUCCUGUCAAUGACCUUGCCCCUCUGGUGACCUUACCCACCCAGCUCUUGGUGACAGAAGGAGGUCGGGAAGCCAUCUCUAACCUUCAUCUCAGUACGACGGAUCUCGAUACUCGCGUCACUCAGCUCUCCAUCAUCAUGGAUACCCUGCCAAAUUUUGGAUAUGUUGAGAAUAUUCGUGCUGGUGUUGGAUCGGAGCAGUCCAAUGCUGGUAUUCCCAUUACAAGUUUCCGAGUGCAGGAUAUCCUUGAUGGUGUCAUCUUUUACGUUAACAACAGACAUCACAACAUUGAACCUGUUCAUGAUGGAUUCCUAUUUCAUGUGACCGACGGGGAGAAUGAAUCACCACAGCUGAGAUUUAAUAUUACAAUCCAGCUCGUGAACGAUGAAGAGCCAGUGAUUGUUACCGAGCAGGCCUUCGUACCUGAGGGCGAGGGUGUCAUCAUUGCCAAUGUAACACUCUAUGCUCGUGACCUGGACACACCCACAGAGGAUCUUCUCUUUGAGAUAGUUAACUACCCUCAGCAUGGUAACCUAAGACGUAGGGAUUUCAUCCAGGAUCCUAUCUAUGCUGGCAAGAUCCUUGGGGUAGGAGACACCUUCACCUAUGAGGAUGUUGUUCAGCAGUUGAUCAUCUAUGUCCAUGAUGGCUCAGACGUAAAUGCUGAUACUUUCAGGCUGUCAUUAACGGAUGGACUGUACACUGCUCAAGAAGACAUCCAUGUGAUUAUAGGCCUUGUCAACGAUGAGACACCUAGGCUGGCUACCAAUACAGGCCUCCGGGUCCAGAUAGGUUCAACUACAACGAUCAGUCCAGAUUCCCUACGAGCCACGGACAUUGACUCUGAAGAUGCCCAGCUUCUAUUCACGGUGGCUGCAGACCCCAACGUUGGUCAGCUUCGCUUUGUCACACCAAGCAAGCAGUUUGAUAUCAGUAGUACUUCUCAGAAGAAUUCCUUCAGACAAAACGACAUCAACAAUGGUUAUAUCCAGUAUGUCCAUGAAUUGAAUGAACCAGCUGGAACGGUUGUUGUCAAGUUUACCAUCACUGACCCUGAGGGAAAUGAUCUCAUUGAUCAAUCUUUUAUCAUCACUGUACUAGAGGAUCGUAUCCCUCCUCGCAUCCUGGCCAACCAACCCCUCACUGUCCAAGAAGGUGCCUCGCGCACCAUCACCACCGAGACCCUCUCAGCCACCGACGAUGACAGUAUCCCGGGUAACCUCAUGUUUUACGUGACCGAUGGACCAAACUAUGGCCGGGUGGAGCACUCGGACUUCCCUGGGUCGGGAAUCUCUCAGUUCUCCCAGGCUGAUCUUGCUGCUGGAGCAAUAAGCUAUGUCCACACUAGUCCUGAUGAAAACAUGAUGGAUAGUUUUACAUUCACUGUGGAUGAUGGCACCAACCAGGUGACGCAAUCAUUCUAUAUCAACAUCAGUCCUGUGGAUGAUUCCCUUCCGUUGGUAUCUAAUCUUGGGAUGCGGGUACAGGAAGGAGUUAGAAAGACCAUCACUGAAUUUGAACUGAAGGCCAUUGAUCUAGACACUGCUGAGGACCACAUCAUGUUUACAGUGUUCACCCAGCCUACCCACGGGACAGUCGACUUCACUCUUGACAAUGUACGCUUUGCACCGACACUCACCUUCUCAAUGGCUGAUGUAUAUGAGAAUCGUAUCAGCUACAACCAUGAUGGCUCUAACACGCUCUCAGAUCAGUUCCAGUUCAUGGUCUCGGACGGCACUAAUCCUAUGUUUGUGAUUGAGAAGGGGACAGAACUCCAGACAACCUCUGCCCCACAGGUGUUUGACAUUACAGUGAUGCCAGUUGAUGAUGGUACACCAAGGAUAGUCACUAACAAUGGUCUCUCAUACCUUGAAUAUGUGGAUGAUAGGGCUAUGGGUGUGAUCACCAGUCGCACCCUGCAGACGAUGGACACAGACACAGCCGAUCGGUCUUUAGUCUAUACCGUCACCACACCCCCAAGGCAUGGUUACCUAGAGAGCACUCUGAUCCCAAGAACACCAGUGGCUGCAUUCACUCAGGAGGACAUUAACAAUGGUUUGAUCCGCUACGUGCUAACACCAGGUUCUGAGUCUGAGACCAGUGAUAGCUUCGUAUUCGAUGUUUCCGACACACACCCUAACAUGGUGAUCGGUACGGUGUAUAGAAUCCGCUGGUCACUCAUCCACUUUGAGAAGUCACACUACAAUGUGAGCGAGACACAAGGAACAAUUAGUGUUACACUGAAAAGGACAGGCAAUGUUAAUCAGUAUGCCAUCGUCCUCUGUAGUACUGAGCCCGCUUCCGCUACCUCCUCCUCGGCCAACCCACGACAGGGCCAGAACGACUACGUUGAACACUCGGGCCAGGUCCAGUUUGAAGAACGAGAGGAGACCAAGACCUGUACUAUCAUAAUAAACAAUGAUGCGAUCUUUGAGGGACCAGAAGAUUUCAUUGUUGUAUUAAGCACACCAGCCUAUGCACUGCUAGGGGAACCUUCUAGAGCUAUUGUCUCAAUUAAUGAUAUUGAAGAUGAACCCAGUAUUGAGUUUGAAGAUCUGGAAUACCGUGUUGAUGAAAGCGCUGGCUUCCUAUUCGCUCCAGUCAUUAGAAAAGGUGAUGCCAGCACAUCAGUAUCUGCCAUCUGUUUCACCGUACCCCGUACAGCUACAGGGAGCAGUCUGACUGGGCUUGAAUCAGGGUCUGAUUAUAAGACUAGAGGUAUGGCCCUUGAAUACCAAGUGGUCUUCCCUCAAGGAGUUAACACUGCAUCGUGCGACAUUAAGAUUAUUGAUGAUGCGCUAUAUGAGGAAGAGGAGGAGUUUGAGAUAGUUCUAUCCAUGCCAUCAUAUAAUACCAGGAUUGGAAGGAAGGCUAGAGCAAGUGUCAUCAUCAAUGGACCAAAUGAUGAAUCAACCAUCUUCUUUGGGCAUUCCAACUAUGUGUUUGGAGAGGAUGCCGGGACAGUGGAGAUUGAGGUCUAUCGCCAUGGUAGCGACCUCUCCUACACCUCAAUGGUUUGGUGUGCACCUAAAUCAACCAGUCCUCAGUCAGCCGCCCCUGGACAAGAUUUUGUCCCGAAUGCCAACAUGCUGACCUUUAACCCCCAGCAGACCGUAGAGGUUUGUCGGAUCACCAUCGUUGAUGACUCGGCAAGUCCUCACCUAGAAGGGAAUGAAACCUUUAUUGUUUUCCUGAGUUCAGCGAUGAAUGCAAUGCUAGGAACCCCAUCAGAGGCCAUUAUACUCAUAAAUGAUUCAUCUGAUGAUGUACCCACAAUGCAAUUCCUGACAACCAAGGUGAGCGUUGAAGAGAAGACGGGUGUGGUCCAUGUUCCUGUCAUAAGGACGGGGGAUCUCUCUUAUGAGUCAUCUGUCAGAUGUUUUACCCGUCAGAAGACUGCUCAAGUCAUGAUGGAUUACGAUGAAAGACUCAAUACAGAUGACUUUAGGAUAGUCUUUGCUCCAGGAGAAAAGAUCAAGAAUUGCACUGUACGGCUGGUUGAAGACAGUACUUAUGAGCCGGAUGAGACCUUCCUUGUUAAGCUUACUAUGCCAUAUGGAAGUGACAUUUGUGAUGCAAGAAUAGGAGAAAAUAAAACAUCUUUGAUAACAGUGACAGACAGUGAAGACGCACCUACUCUCCAAUUUGAGCGGAUGGCUUACAGCGUCCGAGAACCGAGCGGUCAAGACUUGAACAACUAUGUAGACAUCAAGGUCAUCCGUACCGGAGAUCAGAAUCGGACGUCAAGUGUCAGGUGUAGUACCAGGGACGGGUCAGCCAAGUCUGGAGUGGACUAUGAACCUUACUCUAAGGUCCUUCGGUUUGAACCAGGUGUUCUAUCAAUAGACAUACAGGUGGAGAUCUUAUACAAUGAAGAUAUGGAAUGGCAUGAGACGUUCUCUGUCAUCCUAGGACCAACUGACCCGGACAAUGCAUUACUAGGACCAAUUUCCAUGGCAACGGUUACUGUGAUUGACGAGGAGGCGGCAGGCAGUGUUGUUCUUCCUGCUCCACCAGUGGUUGUAUCUCUAAUGGAUUAUGAUAAUAUUGGCACGGUUCUUGACAUAGAUCCUUCACCGGGAUAUCCUCUUGUUUGCUGCACACCUUGUGACCCACACUUUCCGGAGUACUCCAUGACACGCUCCAUGUGUCUUGAUUCUGGUAUUAACAUCACUAGUAUCCGUUACAACUGGGAAGUAUCCACACCGCUGGACAACGACGGCACCCGAUCCCCAUUCGAGCGCAUCGUUGACACCACUCCAUUCUCAAGCUCGAAUCACAAGGUCCUGGACAGCAUCUACUUCAGUCGUCGCUUCCAGGUCCGCUGCGUUGCCCAGCCGUACGACUUGAGAGGGCGUCCUGGUGUUCCACUGCGGAGCAACAUCGUGACAAUCGGGACGGAGAAUGGCAUCUGCCAUACGCCCGUUACGGCCGGAGUCUCGCGAGGACUCCAGGCGCAGUCGUUCAUCGCUAAUCUGCAGUAUAUCGGACCGGAAGAAGAAGAGCACCCGAACACCUUACAUGUCUCCGUUGAAGUCCCGCAUCAGGAUGGCAUGUUGCCGAUCGUCUCGACCAUCGCCAUACACAACAUCCGCUUCCUUCUGACGGAACCCGUCUACCGAUCCGCUCACAUCUGCUCUAACCUGAUCAACACAGAGCAUGGUAGUGGUCUUCAAGAUUAUUCUUUCCUUGAUCAGGUCGACUAUGAUAACAUGGUCAUGGGGCCAGGAUAUGACUAUCCAUAUCAGUUCGACCCCAACGUUCGAGAGGAACGAACCCUACAACUCUACAAGAACCUGAACCUCAAGAGCUGCACCUGGCAGUUUGAUGCUUACUAUCACAUGACUGAGCUCAUCGACCUGUGUGGGGGCGCUGUGAGCUCAGAUUUCGAGGUACGAGAUGGAGAUAAGAGUUUCCUGACAGUGACUGUUCCAUUGUAUGUGUCUUACAUCUAUGUUAUGGCUCCAACUGGUUGGGCUUCAUUAGAUCAUCGUACUGAGAUGGAGUUUUCAUUCUUCUACAGUACAAUUUUAUGGCGAACUGGUUUGGAGACAGAGAGUGUGUUGAGCGGUAGAUUGCAAGUCUUGAGGAUAUGGAUCGGUGAUAAUGGCAACCUUGUUAUUGAUUUCAAAACCACAACAAAAUUCAGAGGCUUGUUUGUUAUCAACCAUCACACGCUUGAGAACUAUAAAUCACGUGUAGUCCCUCCCCUUGAGCUUGGUGUAGCCUUUGACUUAGAGCUUCUAUGGAGUGAAGGAACCUUUGACAGUCCACAACAGCUAUGGAGAGCCACAAGUUCUUAUAAUAGAAAGGAUUAUUCCGGUGAUUACAUCAUCGAGCUGAUUCCAUGCACAGUGACCCCAACACAGUCUUAUGACGUUGCUCCUGAUAUGCCUAUAGUCUGCACUGCACAUCCACCUGAAAAAUUUGUAGUACCUAUCGCCUUCCAGCAGACUAACAGACCAGUACCGGUAGUCUACUCUCUUAACACAGAGUUUCAUUUGAUGAAUAAUGAAAAAGUUUUUAUGAUGAAUCCUGUGGAGGCUUCCAUGACGCUUGGAGAGAUGGAUUAUAAGGGAGCAUUUUCAAAAGGACAAACAAUUUUUGGACGAGUGCUUUGGAACCCAGACCAGGACCUGGACCGGGCUUAUAAGCUUCAGAUCCAGAAACUCUUUAUCUGUACCGGUAAUGAUGGUCAUGUGCCUUAUUAUGAUCCUUCUGGUACAGUCUAUGAAGAGGGGCCACAGUUUGGAUGUAUGCAGAACAAUAUUAACCUCAAAGAAAGGUUCCUGCUACUGGAUCGUGGAAACCCUGAUGCUGUCCACCCAGAUUUCAAUGAUGUCCCGUUUGAUGCCAAGUUUGCAGGAAACUCUGCAUCCUAUAAGAUUGUUAGUCAGAUGCCUGGAGUAGAUGGUUUUACAAUGAACGUUGAUCCAUUAUACAAGGUCAACUCUGGUCAUCAGUGGUACAUGCAAGUAGUGUACACCAUUGGCCCAACAGAUGGACCACCACGCUACAAACGCUCUAUGAUGGGUGCUAUAAACAAACGUGCAGCGGGAUCCAAAACACCAAAUGGAACCAACAUGCAUCCUCUUCUACUUAGUAAAGAAGAACUAGAAGCUUAUUCUAAUCAGGGUAUAGAUUCCAACAUUACAACCAUUGCAUCAGUAUUAGUAGCGAUCGUCCUCGUUAUAUUCAUCAUUAUACUAUUUGUUCGGUGGAGGCGACAAGAGCAGGGAAGGAGGAGAGAAGUGGUGACGACCGAGUCGGUCCCGAACAACCGGGAGCGGGCGGCAUCGAGAUCAAGUCUUGCGUCAGUCAAAGCAGCGUAUCCGAAGCUCCAAGAGGAAGAGAUGGAAAUGGAUUAUCAAAAAUCAGUCAAAGUCAGCACUCUAAAUAUUUACAAACCGGACAACUUAAAUAGGUCGCAGGCCAAAGUUAAAAAGGUCAAUUUAGAGGUCAAAUAUCAGGGUCAAAAUAGUGGUGAGGGGGGAACAGAAGUUUGACCCCUGUUCAUAAUAUUAUAUUGAUGUUUUUUUUUUCAUGUAGUUGUUGAAUUGCUUAGUAAAGUUUAAUAUUAUCUGCCUUCUAUAGAUUACUGCCAAACUUGUCCAAGUUUUAUUUUAAAAUGUUAACUUCAGUUCUAUUUUCAAGAUUCCAUGUAGUUUGCUGAUUAUGAUUCUCAUCUAGUGUUGGUUGGCCAGCAUGGGAAUAUCAAUUUGAGGUUUGGGUUUGGAAUAGUACUUUAUUUACUUUGAUGUAAUAGAGUUUGUUUUCAAUAUUUGAUUGAUUUUUUUAUAUUUUCUACCUCUUCUUUGCAUGAGAUAUCUGUGCUGCAUUUAUUUUUACCCAUGUGGAUAAAUCAUGGUAAAUAGUAUUCUUCGACCCAACUUAAACUAUUCAAUAACCAACUAUACAAUUCUGAAUGAAUGUGUGUGCUAUGAUGCACUUUAUCCGGAUUGAGGAGUAUUCCCAAGCUACAUCUUGACAUUUCAUUUUUACCACUGUUUUUCUUUUAUUUAAUUACAUGUAGCUGCAGCAAACUUCUAAACUUUGAAAAUUUGAUUCCAAUGAAUUUAUCUCCUGAUAUACAUUUUGUGACCAAUUCUAGGAUGCGUGAUAGCUCGGUUGGAAGAUCCAAGUUCUCGCAGUUUGGUGAUCUGCCUUCAAUUCUCAUUUGUUUUGCUUUGCCAAUGCCAUUUGGGAAGGCAAUUAAGUCUUCGGUUCUCAUGUUGCUUGCUUACAAGCAUGCCAUCUUAGCAAUCAGAUAAUACUGAGUUUUUGCAAUAGCUACACAGGCGGAUUCUACAACAUAGUAAAUCUAUUGAAUAUGCCUUUCAAAUCACAAUGAACAGCUUAGAGGUCUUUGUCGAAAAUUCCUCAAACAGACAGCUGAUCAUCAUAACAUUCUUAG